CAGGCAUUUCAACUGUCAAAGACAACUUCAUACCUAUAUAAUGUAACAGAAAAAGGUCAGAAAACAUUAGGCAAAAAGAAGUGUGGAGCAUAUUAAGCAAGAUGAACAUCUCUGGAAGCAAUUGUGGAAGCCCUAGUUCUGUAGAUAUAUCUAAUGACUUUAAGGAAAUUUGGACAAAACUAAAGGAGUAUCAUGAUAAAGAAGUACAAGGUUUACAAGUAAAAGUAACCAAACUGAAAAAGGAACGAAUUUUAGACGCACAGAGACUAGAGGAAUUCUUCACCAAAAAUCAACAGCUGAGAGAGCAACAGAAAGUCCUCCAUGAAACCAUUAAAGUUUUAGAAGAUCGGUUAAGAGCAGGAUUAUGUGAUCGCUGUGCAGUAACUGAAGAGCACAUGCGGAAAAAACAGCAAGAGUUUGAAAAUAUCCGGCAGCAGAAUCUUAAACUAAUCACAGAGCUUAUGAACGAAAAGAAUACUCUCCAGGAAGAAAAUAAAAAGCUUUCUGAACAGCUGCAGCAGAAAAUUGAAAAUGAUCAGCAGCACCAAGUGGCAGAUCUUGACUCUGAGGAAAAUGUUAUUCCAGAUUCACCAAUAACAGCCUUUUCAUUUUCUGGCAUUAAUCGGCUACGAAGAAAGGAGAACCUCCAUGUCCGAUACAUAGAACAAGCACAUGCUAAACUAGAGCAGUCCGUGUGUACAAAUGAACUGAGAAAAGUUCCAAAGUCUUCAAAUCAUCCACAACAUAAACCUAAUGAAAGUGAAAUUCUAGUGGCUGACACUUGUGAUCAGAGUCAAUCCCCAGUGGCUAAAACACAUGGAACAAGCAGUUGUCCUACCGAUAAGUCAUCUUUUAAUUUAGCUACAGUUGUUGCUGAAACACUUGGAUUUAGUGUUCAAGAAGGAUCUGAAUCUCAGGGUCCCACGAGCCCUCUAGGUGAUGAAUUCUAUCAAUGUCUAGAAGAUCACAAGAAACAACCUUUUGAGGAAUCUAUAAGAAACAAUGAAGACAGUUUAAGAUUUUCAGAUUCUAAAUCAAAGACUCCUUCUCAAGAGGAAUUGACUACUCGGGUAUCUUCUCCUGUAUUUGGGGCUACCUCUAAUGUGAAACGUAGUUUAGGUUUGAAUACAAGUUUGUCCCCUUCUCUCUUAGAGACUGGGAAAAAACUUCUGAAAACAGCACCCUUCAACAACAUUUCUACUUCUAGAUCAGAGAAAACUAGAUCAAAAUCUGAAGAUAGUGCCCUUUUCACACAUCAUAAUCUUGGGUCUGAAGUGAACAAGAUCAUUAGCCAGUCAUCUUCAAAUAAGCAGAUGCUUAUCAAUAAAAAUAUAAGUGAAUCCAAAAAUGAACAGGAUGGUUUUGAUCACAUUAAAGAUGCUGUCACUGAUAAAGACAAACAUGCGGUACCCCUGAAAUCGCUGGGAGGCAGAACAUCCAAAAGAAAGAAAAUUGAGGAAGAAACUGAAGAUGAAGUUAGCUGCCCCCAAGCCUCUUUUGAUAAAGAAAAUGCCUUUCCUUUUCUACUGGAUGGUCAUUCUUCUGUGAAUGGAGACUAUGUGAUGGAUAAACCUCUAGAUCUGUCUGAUCGAUUUUCGGCUAUUCAGCGUCAAGAGAAAAGCCAGGGAAGUGAGACUUCUAAAAUCAGAUUUAGGCAAGUGACUCUCUUUGAGGCCUUGAAGCCCAUUCCAAAGGGCUCUUCCUCAAGCCGCAAGGCCUUGAGCGGGAGCAGUGUGUUAACCAGAGAUUCCCCAGAGGAGCCCUGUUUACAGGAGUGCAUCCUCCAGUCCUUGGGUAAAUCAUCUCCAGAUAAUAAAACACCAUUACAAAUCAAGGAAGAAAAUCCCAUCUUUAAAAUCCCUCUACGUCCACGUGAAAGUUUGGAGACCGAGAAUCUUUUCGAUGAUAUGAAGGGAACUGAUUCUCAUGAGCCAGUAAAAAUAGCCAGGUCAGUCCGUGGAGCAUGUGAACUUACAUCCGUUCUUCAGUUAAAUCCAUGUAGAGUUGCUAAAACAAAGUCUGUACAAAACAGUCAAGAUGUAUCCUUUGAAAAUAUCCAGUGGAGCAUAGAUCCAGGAGCAGACCUUUCUCAAUAUAAAAUGGAUAUUACUGUAAUAGAUACAAAGGAUGGCAGUCAGUCAAGAUUAGCAGGAGGAGAGACAGUGGACAUGGACUGCACAUUGGUUAGUGAAACUGUGCUUUUAAAAAUGAAGAAGCAGGAGCAGAAGGGAGAAAAAAGCCCAAAUGGAGAAAGAAAAAUGAAUGAUAGCUUGGAAGAUAUGUUUGAUCGGACAACACAUGAAGAAUAUGAAUCCUGUUUGGCAGACAGCUUCCCCCAGGUGGCAGAUGAAGAAGAGGGAUUGUCAACUACCACAAAGAAACCAAACAUUCCUGGUGAUAAACAAGAUAAAGUCAAACAGAAAGCAUUUGUGGAGCCGUAUUUUAAAGAUGAUGAAAAAGAGACUAGCUUACAAAAUUUUCCUCAUAUUGAGGUAGUUCGGAAAAAAGAAGAGAGAAGAAAAUUGCUUGGACACACAUGUAAGGAAUGUGAAAUUUAUUAUGCAGAUAUUCCAGCAGAAGAAAGAGAAAAGAAAUUGGCUUCCUGCUCGAGACAUCGAUUCCGCUACAUUCCACCCAACACACCAGAGAAUUUCUGGGAAGUUGGUUUUCCUUCCACUCAGACGUGUAUGGAAAGAGGUUACAUUAAGGAAGACCUUGAUCCUUGUCUGCGUCCCAAAAGACGGCAGCCUUACAAUGCAAUGUUUUCUCCAAAAAGCAAAGAGCAGAAGACAUAGAUGUUGAAGCAAAAACAGGAUAGAAGACAGUUUGUUUCUUUUUAGUUAUUUAUAGUUAAAGUUGGUAUUAAACACUGAUUUUUUUUUGAUCUUCUGUAAACUGACUUAUAAAUCAUUUUUCUAUUGAAAGUGUUUUUAAAUGGCAUUUACCCACCACACAACUAUUUAAAAUGUGGAUAUGCUUAUGUUGUAUUGUCUUGCUUUUGCACCUUUAAAACAAUAAGGUGCUUUCAUUUUGCACUCUAACUUAAGAGCUAUUUACUUUAUUUGGUAAUACCUAAUUACAAUUUUG